CCGCCCCGCGGGCCCCGCAUCGGCCCCGGAGCCCGAGAGAUCCUGGAACGUGGCCGGCGCGGCGUGGGGGCCGCCGUGCUGCUGCAGCUCGGGGCCAUCUCCCUGACCCCGCGGGCCUGCCCGAAGAGGAAGGACCCAAAAGACCAUGAGAAGGAGAACUUGAGGCGCAUCAAGGAGAUACAGAGGCGCUUCCGGGAGCAGGAGCGCAGCCGAGAGCAGGGCCAGCCCAGGCCCCUGAAGGCUCUGUGGCGUUCACCCAAGUAUGACAAGGUGGAGUCCCGGGUCAAGGCCCAGCUGCAGGAUCCUGGCCCUGCUUCUGGGACAGAGGCUGCCCCCUUCCUGAGGGCGCAUUCCCGCUGUGGCCCUGGCCACCCGCCACCCCGUGCCCCUGGUCUCCAGCUCACCCCACCAGACCCCGGUGCUAAGGUCCCGCAGGGUCCAGGCCUAGAUGUGGAUUUCAUCAGCCACAAUGCCCAAGCUGCAAAGAGGGCCCCCCGGAGGCAUUCCCGCUCUCUGCAGGUCCUGACACAGGUGCUGGAGCAGCAACGGCAAGCCCAAGAACACUACAAUACCACGCAGAAAGGCCACGUGCCCCAUUACCUGUUGGAGCGCAAGGAUGAGUGGAGGCGGGAGGCUGAGGCCCGCCAACACAGCCAGCCAGACCCAGCUCUGCCCCCUGGCCACACCCGCAUGCCCGAGAAGCAGCGGCUGGAGACGCUGAGCUCCCUGCUCCAGAGCCAGAGCCAGAUGCUUCGUGAGUUAGUGCGGCUGCCCGCCGGGGCAGACUCCCUGAAGGCUCAGGGCCACCGCGCUGAGCUGGACCGGAAGCUGGUACAAGUAGAGGAAGCCAUCAAGAUCUUCUCCCGCCCCAAGGUCUUCGUGAAGAUGGAUGCCUGAGCCUGGCCCACGGGCGAGGAUCACCACAGGCCUGCAAAGGGCAGGGCAGGGCAGACCAGUUCCAGUGUGGAGGUCUGAGGGUGGAGCAGUAGGUGGGCAGCACCUUGUAGCAAACACUCCCCCAGCCUGGCUGGGAGGGCCAGCCCAGCACUUCAUGCUUCCUCACAAUUAAACGUUUUGUACACA